AUGUGGACCGGCGUAUGCCUUAAAUCUAGCCUCCUCUUCCCCGCCCCAGUCUCCUCCUCCUCCUUCUCCUGCCCCUCCUCCCCCGCUUCCGUGUCACAGGCAAAUGUGACGGCCACUUCCCCAUGUCGGCACUUCCUGGGACGUUCUCUGCGCUUGCGCCUCAUCUUCUCGGUCCUACUGAUCUUCGUCUGGAUUGAUUCCUCUGCAGCACGCUCUGUGACUCCGCUGAGCCAACUGCUUUCGCUGAGGCGUCUUCUAGGGGGACGCGACGAACCGUUGAUCGGUUCUACGCAGGAUGUUGACUUCGCCUUGGCUAGCGGGUUGGUGAGCAAGCGGACUGUCUCUGAUCCCAAUGACCCCCCACGAAUCAUGUGCGGUCAGACGCUGAUAAAUAACCUGAAAAAGCAGUGUGGGGCCCGUGGUACAUUUUCACCCAAUUGGAAACGGAGCUACGGUCGACAGGAAAUCGAAACUGCCAGGGGUUAG